AAUAAGUAAAUUUCUAUUUUGCAGUUUAGUUAUAAUCUGCAUAAAACACUUUUACCAUUCUCAGUAGUCUAGCGCAUAGAAAGCUGCCAUAUUCCCUUCUCACAGCUGAACACCAUCCAACUGGUCAACAAAGCUUGGGCCUGGAUUUUCUUCGACUCUUAUAAGAUCAAUAAUCAUGGGCAGCUCUCUCCAACCAGGAGAAGGAGGAGGCUUUCUCAAUCCUACCCUCCCAUCUCCAGCCCCCUCCACAGCCACCGCCAGUACUACGACACCAUCUCAUCUUCCGCGUCAACGGAUGCAUCCACUCAAACCCGGUGGUGCAAAAGAAUCAUCCUUAAUUAAUUAUGUGGAUGGCAAGAUAUUACGGAUAAACCGCCGACAUGCGAAAAAGUUUAGUAGUGUGAUUGAUGAUCAAGGAGAAGACGGUGAUAAGGAGAAGGAUAAUGAUGAAGAGCAGUCCAAAGGAUAUGAGAGUUUUAAAGAGGUUGUCGAGGAUGUCGAGGAUGUUAUUGACGUUGUUUGGGUUAGUGGGACACCGUCCAUACAAAUACCCUACCUCAUCUCCUUAGCAGGGUUGGUAAAUACCUAUUUCCCAGACUAUCCUUUCCAGCCAAAGCCUACCUUCCGGAUUCUCAGAAAACUGGAUAUCAUAUUCGCCAGUCUCCUGGUCGGAGAAGACGUCGAGUCUGGUAUACCUCUAAGCGGGUUCGAGUAUACAAAAAGCAUUGUUAGUGUGACUGAAAAGGUGAGAAUCAAGAGUAUCGCGGAAGCGAGUCGGAUUGCAGUCGUGGAGAAGAGGGUAAAGGAUGACGAGUCCCAUGGGGGUGAGGACGAGAGUGAGAACGAAGAUGACUGGGAAGAUGGGAUGGAUAUAGAUGGAAACGGAGAUGAGAGUGGUCGUACAGGGCUAUGGGAAAUGGAGGCUGCGAGAGUCUAUGAGAGAACGAUUCAAUACCUGGGAGACGAGCUGGGGAAAGGAGGUGAACUUGUAGUUUGAUAUUGGCUGUCUACUGGUGAUAUUUUCAAAUACAAGCAUGGUAUUUCUCAUACCG